AUGUCUGCCCCAAUCAACAAGGAGAAAGUUCAGGAACAAGCCCAAGAGAUCCACAAGAUCAGAAUCACCUUGACCUCCACCAAGGUCAAGCAGUUGGAGAAGGUCUGCUCCAACAUCAUUAACAACGCUGUCCAAAACAACAUUGUUAAGAAGGGCCCAAUCAGAUUGCCAACCAAGGUGUUGAAGAUCACCACCAGAAAGGCUCCUAACGGUGAGGGUUCUAAGACCUGGGAUGCUUACGAGAUGAAGGUCCACAAGAGAGUCAUUGACUUGCUUGCCCCAGCUCAAAUCGUCAAGAAGAUCACCCAGAUCACCAUUGAGCCUGGUGUGGAUGUGGAAGUCACCGUUGCUGCUUAA